UUUCUAGCCGUGCCGUGCGUCAAGAAGAGUAGAUGAGUCAAUGGCAGGGGCACAGCCUGGAGUUCAUGCGCUGCAGCUCAAGCCAGUGUCCGUCCCCGAGAGCCUGAGAAAGGGCAACAAAUUUAUGAAAUGGGAUGAUGACUCUACCACUGUGACCCCGGUGACUCUUACAGUCGACCCCAAAGGAUACUACCUGUAUUGGACCGACCAGAACAAGGAUACAGAUCUACUGGAUAUAGCGUACAUAAAAGAUGCCCGAAAUGGAAAGUGCACCAAAACGCCAAAGGAAGCGAAGCUGCGUGAGCUCCUGGACGUCAGCACCCUGGCGGGGAAGAUGGAGAACAGGAUGCUGACGGUGGUGAGCGGCACUGACAUGGUCAACAUCACCUAUCUGAACUUCAUGGCCUUCACAGAGGAGACAGCUAAGGAAUGGGCAGAGGAGCUGUUCAACCUUGCAUCCAACCUCUUGGUGCAGAACAUGUCAAGAGAAGCCUGCCUCGAGAAAGCAUACACUCGGCUGAAGCUGCAGCUCAACCCAGAGGGGCGAAUCCCCGUCAAGAACAUCUUCAGGGUGUUCUCAGCAGACCGGAAGCGAGUGGAGACGGCACUGGAAAACUGUAACCUCCCUUCUGGCAGAAAUGACUCCAUUCCCGAGGAAGACUUCACUCCAGAGGUGUACAACAUAUUCCUGAGCAACAUCUGCCCACGAUCUGAGCUGGACCACAUCUUCUCUGAUGUGGGGGCCAAGAGUCGUCCAUUCCUCACCGUUGAGCAGAUGACAGAGUUCAUUAACAUUAAGCAGCGAGACCCUCGUCUGAAUGAGAUACUCUACCCUCCACUCAAACCAGAACAGGUCCAGCUGCUGGUGGACAAAUAUGAACCCAAUGAAUCAUUGGCACAGAAAGGUCAGAUCUCAGUGGAAGGCUUCGCCAGGUAUCUGAGCGGGGAGGAGAACUGCAUCAUCCCGCCUGAGAAGCUCGACCAGAGCGAGGACAUGACCCUUCCCCUCUCCCAUUAUUUCAUCAACUCCUCACACAACACAUACCUCACAGCCGGCCAGCUGGCUGGGAACUCUUCAGUGGAGAUGUACAAGCAGGUUCUCCUGUCGGGGUGCCGCUGCAUUGAACUGGAUUGCUGGAAAGGUCGCACCACAGAAGAAGAGCCUGUCAUCACUCACGGCUUCACCAUGACAACUGAAAUCUCCUUCAAGGAGGUGAUCGAGGCUAUAGCAGAGUGUGCCUUCAAGACCUCGCCAUUCCCCAUCCUCCUGUCCUUUGAGAACCACGUGGACUCACCAAAACAGCAGGCUAAGAUGGCAGAGUACUGCCGGUCAAUAUUUGGAGACGCAUUACUGACAGAACCUCUGGAGAAAUAUCCUCUGGAGUCAGGUGUUCCUCUGCCCAGCCCGAUGGAGCUGAUGGGGAAGAUCUUGGUGAAGAACAAGAAGAAACACCACAAGGCAAACGGAAGCACCAAGAAAAAGCUGUCCGAGCAGGUUUCCAACACCUACAGCGACUCUUCCAGCGUGUGUGAGCCGUCCUCUCCUAGCGCAGGUUCAACCAAAGAGGAGAUGGCAGACCCCUCACAGCCGUCUGAGGGUGCCGAGCUCAGCCUGAGGCCGCAGGGCAGAAAGUCUAUUGGUGAGGUGGAAGCAGAAAGUGAGGAUGAAGAUGACGACGAUGACGACUGUAAAAAGGGCUCAAUGGAUGAGGGUACAGCAGGCAGUGAGGCGUUUGCCACAGAGGAAAUGUCCAACUUAGUCAUUUACAUCCAGCCUGUCAAAUUCAACAGCUUCGAGGGAUCCAAAAAGAUCAAUCGCAGCUACCAGAUGUCGUCCUUUGUGGAGACUAAAGCGUUGGAGCAACUGACCAAAUCUCCUGUAGAGUUUGUGGAAUACAACAAAUUGCAGCUGAGCAGGAUCUACCCUAAAGGCACCCGAGUGGAUUCAUCUAACUACAACCCGCAGCUCUUCUGGAACGCCGGCUGUCAGCUGGUGGCGCUCAACUUCCAAACCAUCGAUUUGUCCAUGCAAUUAAAUCUGGGCAUGUAUGAGUACAACGGGAAAUGUGGCUACAGACUCAAACCCGAGUUUAUGAGGCGGCCUGACAAACACUUUGAUCCUUUCACUGAGAGCACAGUGGAUGGGAUAGUAGCCAAUACACUGUCUGUAAAGAUCAUCUCAGGCCAGUUCCUGUCUGAUAAGAAAGUCGGCACGUACGUGGAGAUCGACAUGUUUGGCUUACCUGUGGACACCAAGAGGAAAGCGUUCAAGACCAAGACAUCUCAAGGGAACGCCAUCAACCCAGUCUGGGAAGAAGAGGCCAUAGUCUUCAAGAAGGUUGUUCUUCCCACCCUCGCAUCUCUAAGGAUAGCUGUGUUUGAAGAAGGAGGAAAGUUCAUCGGCCAUCGUAUCAUUCCUGUGUCAGCCAUCCGUCCAGGCUAUCACUACAUCAGUAUAAGGAAUGAGAAGAACCAGUCCCUGACGUUGCCAGCUCUGUUUGUCUAUGUAGAAGUGAAGGACUAUGUGCCAGACACAUUUGCAGACGUCAUUGAAGCCUUGUCCAAUCCAAUCCGCUAUGUCAAUCUGAUGGAGCAGAGAGCCAAUCAGCUGGCUGCUCUCACUUUGGAGGAAGGAGGAGAAGAGGAGGGUGACAAAGAGGUGGAGGCAGGAGGUGAAGCCCCCUCAGAAUCUAAGGUGGACCAGAGAGUGGUACUGCCUGCAGAAAACGGACUGAGCCACACACCCAUCAUCGCCCCGAAGCCCCCUUCACUGGGAGGCCACCAGCCCCAGUCUGCAGGCUCGUUGAAACCAUCAGUGAAGACUGAAGAUAUUAUUCAGAGUGUACUCACUGAAUUAGAGGCUCAGACAGUGGAGGAGCUGAAACAACAGAAGGGCUUUGUCAGGGAGCAGAGGAAGCAGUACAAGGAGAUGAAGGAGCUCGUUCGAAAACACCAUCGCAAGACCAGCGAGCUGAUCAAAGAGCACACGGCUCGAGUUUCUGAGCUACAGAGCCAGCAUCAGCGCCGGCGCUCUGCCCUGCAGAAGAGCCACAAACGAGACGGUAAGAAAAGUCGGUCGGAGCACUCUCUGUCGACCCUGGACCAGGAGCUGUGUGAUCUGGAGCAGGAGUGUAGUCAGAGGCUCGCAGAGCUGAAGGAGCAGCAGCAACAACAACUCCUCACACUCCGCCAGGAGCAGUACUACAGCGAAAAGUACCAGAAACGAGAACACAUCAAACAGCUGGUUGAGAAGCUAACCACCAUAGCAGAGGAGUGCCAGAGUGCUCAGAUGAAAAAGCUCAGAGACAUCUGCGAGAAGGAAAAGAAGGAUCUUAAGAAGAAAAUGGACAAGAAGAGGCAAGAGAAGAUCAACGAGGCUAAAUCAAAAGACAAGAACGUGACAGAAGAAGAGAAGCUGGAGAUCAACAGGUCGUUCGUCAAUGAGGUGGUGCAGUACAUCAAACGGUUGGAAGACGCACAGAGUAAAAGACAGGAGAGACUACAGGAGAAGCACAAGGACACACGCCAGCAGAUCUUGGAUGAGAGGCCGAAGCUACAGAGCGAUCUGGACCAGGAGUACCAGGACAAAUUUAGGAGGCUACCCGUGGAGAUCCAAGAGUUUGUUCAGGACAGCAGCAAGGCCAAACUCAACGACGAUGGCGUCCAUGGAAACCUAGUUUCCUCUUCGACAACAGAGAAGCUCAACCACAAGGCGUCGCAGUCCGAGGACGACAUGGAGGAGGGCUCGUCGGAACGCGUCUACGACACGCCCCUUUAGAGAUUUUGCCUUGGCAUGUUUCUUCACACUGGACAUUGACUGGUGGAUGUGAUUGUGAUCACAGAUCUUGGAUAAGCUGAGACUGCUCCAACUUUGGUCCUGUUUGUAACCAAUGGGAGGAUUAGAUCAAAUCUGAGCCUGGACUGGUGAGUAGAGGUCCUCUCUGCGUAGAGUGCAGUCCUGUCUGGAAACCGUUUGAUGUAAAUAGUGACUUUUUGUGUAUUUAUAUGUCACCUUUAUGUUGUCGUCUCUUUCGGUACGGCCACAGGAUGUGUCAUUAAGCACUAACUGUUUGCAGGAAAUAACAUACUUGAAGCAUUGCACAGAAGGAGUAGUUUCUUUUUUAUUCUUUUUUAAUAAUCAUGAUAUCAUCAGAGGGGGUGGUGAGUAAGGUGUGGUGCCAAGGUGUUUGAAUUCCCUGCUGGUGAACACUGGCAUUAAAGCAACAGUCAACUCUUACUCUUAACCACUGCAUACUCAGCCUUUAAAGCUUCCAUCGUUAGAAGAUUUAGACUCAUCCUUACAUAUUUGCACUGACAUUAUCACCAGAUAACUAUGUAAGUUAUUUACUUUAACCCGGAGGCACUGGUGGCUUGCUGGUUCUCCAUUUGUUCUCACAGAACUAAGCCUAUGUGUUGCUGCUAUAUUGUUUUAAAACCCAUACCUUUUUAACCAUUAUUUGGUUUGUAUGAUACUCGCAGUGCUCUGCCAUCCUUUUUUUGGCUAGUUGUUGGCAUUGUUUUGGGGCAUUUCUGUCCAGACAUGAAGUGAAGGGAAAGUGUGUUGUACAGUAUCUGCAUGUAUUUAAACAACUGUAAAUGUUACAGUAGCUCUGUAGCAGUUUAUUAAAUGUAAAUUAAUUUUUUUUUGUCCUGAAACAUUUCAACAAAACCUGCAAAACAGUGUGGACCUUAGACAUCACUGUGGUAUAAUAUGAUGAGUUUUAGAUCCAACAGUAGCUAGGCCCCAGCUAACACAUAGCACAUUGCAUUCUUAGCCUUUGUUUGCUGCGUUUUAUAACAUAUAAAACCAGGACGUAAACAGAAAAAGAGGAUCCUGCUAUAGAUUUAUAGAAGUGGCCUUCCUCUAAACUGGUCCAUUGUGUUCUUACAGGGGAGAGUGUGUGCACUUCAACUGUACACAGAGCAGAUGUCUUGGACUACAGGAAAUAUGUCGGCCAACUGGCAUUAUUCUCACCCAAAAAAAUAAGCUGUUGAAGACAGAAAAAUAGUUCCGUUAUGUUAUAACAGAUCCCAAACGCUCAGUUUCUAUCUGACAAGCACCAGCGUUCACGUAAUGGAAUUAAUUACAGAGAUGUUUCCCUUUUUUUUUUUUUUACCAAGAAACUGUGCCCAUUCAGUAACCACAAGGAAGUGGGUUUAACUUCCGAAAAUGUCCAGUGCCAUUUCACUCACGGGUCAUUUGAUAUGAAUUUACAUUUUAGCUGGUUAAAAAAAAAAAAAAAAAAAAAAAAAAAGUUGAAAUUGUAGGAUUACCUUACAUGUAAGUACAAACUACUUUUUCAAAAGAUGAUAUUGAUGUGAGAGUCCUGUGCCUUUGAAUAGGUUUGCCUUGUUUGAUGUUGAAUGUGUGAAAUGCAUCAUUGUUUAUAUUGCCAUUAUAUUCUAUUCUAUAUGAAGCUGAUAUUGACUAGACCGUGUGCACUUUUUAAGUACAGUACCACUACUGAGUAAUGCUUGUGACGAGCAGUAUUUGACAUGUGUCAUGUGUGAAAAUGGGAGACCUCCUUCUUUUACGUCUUGAACAACUUUAAUUAACACCGCCCUCACCCUUCCCUUUCUCAACAACUUACGUGUAUGCACUCUGGAAAAUGUAAAUGUAUGUAUGACAUAAAGUUGAUAUAAAGUAAAUAUAGUGUAAAGGGAAUUUGCCUGUAAUUAAAUAAAUGUGGCUAUUAUUGUA